AUGGCUGCCGCUGAACGCCGUCUUUUGGAAUCUGAUUAUGAUGAAUAUGCUGAUUCAAGUGCGAGUGGAGCUGCAUUCUGUCGUUCAGCUGCUUUAAUUCUAAUGGCUCUUCUACUCUUGAGGCAUGCUCUUACUAUAGGAGACGGUGAUGGGGAUGAUGAUGAUGUUUCAACCUUCUUCUCUCUCUUCUUGCUUAGGGCUGCUGGUUUCCUUCUUCCCUGCUAUAUCAUGGCUUGGGCUAUCAGUAUAUUGCAGCGUCGUCGGCAAAGACAGGAAGCUGCAUCACUGGCUGCCGCUGAAGUUGCAUUUUUGCUGCAGGCCGGGCAACAUAGAGGCAUUCAAGUCAGGAUAGCUCAAGUGCCUACGUCAACACCAGUUUCUACAGAAGCUCCAGCCUCUGCAGCAGCACCAGCCUUUAUAGCACCGAAUGAGCAUGUAGUAAAUGUACCUGUUGAAUAA